AUGACUGCCGACUUUGAAGAGCCAAUCGAAGAUUGGCAGAGAAAACUCUACCAUGGAAUUCCGGGCAACCUUAUCUGCCUGGCAAGGUCAUACCAUGCCUUUGAUGAGCCGCCACAGAGUCCGGGCCCCUACGUAUAUCGCGCUCCUGUCCAUAUAUUUCCUGUCGGCAAGCAACACAGGAUUACCAAAGAAUACGAAGGUAUAUGUGACCAGAUCCGUGACGUGUGCGAUACUAUGAACUGGAGAGCGAUCGGAGUCUAUCGACUUGGGUGGAGGCGAAAGCCCCAGGACAACCCCAUCGUCAUAUUCGUCCGCAACCAGGCCUAUCAGCAUUCGUUAAAGAUCUUGGUAGAGCUCGGCGAGCUCACCGAGGAGGAAGCCGAUCGAGUCAAGGUGAAGACGCUAGACGAUGCACAGGGUGAUGAAGCCGAUUUUGUCUUUGGCGACUUCGUUCUCACUGAUCAUACGGGGUUCCUUGGAGAGAAGUUUCGAACCACCCUCGUCACGACCAGGGCUCGAGGUAUCACCGCCCUCCUUCUCAAUCGAGAGGAAUACACUCAGGACACUGACCUCGCGGAGCUCGCAACCAUCAAGGCCGGUACCUCCUUGGGGCCGGACAUUUCUGUUGGGACCGCUGGCAUUGAGGCUUCUGACGCCACUCUAGUUGAGUCACCUCAUGCUGACGGGGUUUGGUCCUCUGGCGCUACAGGAGGCUGGUCGUUUGGCAACGCAGGAGUCGAGGUUCAUGAUGAGAAUGGAGGCUGGUCGUGUGACGACGCAGGAGUCGAGGCUCAUGUUGAGAAUGGAGGCCGGGAGACCGAUUGGUAA